GAAAUAUCCGGUACAGUUGGCAUCCUCCUCUCCCACUCUCUCUCAAUUCUAAUCCCUUCACUCCUUCCUCACUGUGUGUCAAUACAUAUAUACAGAUAUCAAUACCAGUCACCCAUGUCGAAAAGAGGCGGUGGUGCAGCACUCCAGAAGGAUGUCCCAUGGCGGGCAUCCCCUUCCGGAAAACCCAUCCCCAAAAUCCACCAUUCCCCUAUUCUUCGCGUCUCCCAAACCCCUUCUUCCCAUUAUGCUCUCUCCAUCAUGAAGCACCCAAAUCCAAUAGGGGAUAGGUUAGCAACGGAAGCCAUCGUGGAAGCAGCAGGCCCUGAUUGCAUUGUUCCUGGACAGGUUACUCCCGUUAGAUUGCUUGGUCUCAAGGUAUGGCCUAUCCAUAUUGACAUGAAAUUUAUGGAACCAGUUGGACGAGAGCUUAAGCUGCUUGGGAAGUUCAUGGAUUCAGCUGUCGAUCUCAUGAACAAAUCCUUUAUAGACCGUUAGCAAUUUUGGGCUUUUGGUUUAUCAAAGAGGGUGGCCAGAAGCAGGCAGCUUGCCAGCCAUAUGUAUGAUCCUACGUUUUUUGGAACUUGCAGAAGCCUAGCCAAGCUGAGUUUCUGUAGAGCUGGUCAUUAUCAGCAUUUUAUGCCCAUGUUUAAAACUAAUUUCUAGAUCAUAAGCUAGAAUUUUUUAUGUUGAUAGUUAAGAGAAAAAGAGGUUCCUUAUCCCAAAAUGCUAUUUCGGCUAUAAUAGAAUUCUAGCAUGGAUUUUCCUCCAUGAAACACUGUGACUUGGAUGUUUUAUAAUUUUUCAUGUUACACUACCUACUGGUGAACCAAUGGAUUGAACUUGUUUCC